UAUUGACAGUUGGGUUGUCAGUGAUGUUUGGUGCUUUUUUGUAAUUUAAAAAAAUAAUUAGAAUUCAAACAUAAGAAUUAUACCCAUUUAUGAAAAUACAAGUUUAACUACAAUACUAUUCCUGCUAAUAAGACAGGUAAAGAAUUGUUUUUUUUGACGUCUUUUGUCAUGGUCAUCUUGCUAAUGAAAAACUGGAAUAAUAACAAGGAAUUCCUCAAAAAUUAGCUAUCUUAUCAAUCAGUUGCUUCGUUGGUGUAAAAAACAUAACUCUCCAUAUGUGAUGAAGCUUUACCAUUGUGUUAUUAGUUGUCAAGAACACUUGUUGCAAAAACUGAAAGUGCAAUCAAGACUUUUGUGAUAAGUUUCCAGUGUACCCAAAUCCAGUGCAGUAGGAUGGAUAUGAGUGUUUAUUUAACAGCUCCUUUACGUUUAGACAAAAUAUGUCGAGCAUGCUUGACAGAAAAAGGAGACAUGAGACCUUUGUUUGGGGCUUGUCUUGAUGAAAUGCUGGUUUCGUUUGCAUCAAUUCAGGUGGAGGAAGAUGACGGCUUACCUAAUCUAAUGUGUGUGCAAUGUGUCCUCCAGUGCAGCAGAGCAUACACUUUUAAACAACAAUGUGAAAAAUCGGAUAAUAUUUUACGUCAGUUUAUUAGUGCAGAAUUUCAGCAACAGUUAGCAGAAACACUCCAAGAACAACAAACUAAGGAGGAAUUACAAGAACAAUUGCAAUUUCCCGAUAAUAUAGCCAAUGUUGUUAUUGAAGAAGGAAUAACAGCCGAAUUUGUAACUUAUAAUGAAAACGAUGGUGGGGUUGUGGAUGUAAAACCAGAUUUGUAUUCAGUGGAACCAACACCAGAAGAGGUUGUUGGUAUAGAGAUUAAGAAUGACACUGAAGCGCACCAGAAGUUAAAAUAUAGGUGUACUAAAUGCGAUGAAACGUUCGCUCUAAAGGUGGAUUUGAAGGUCCAUAUGAUGACCCAUCCAAAGGACCUCGAUCACAUAUGUCACGUUUGUAACAAAGGCUUUCCGGAAGCCCGAAUUUUAAAACGUCAUCUGAAAAUUCAUCUGGACAAAAAACCUCACCAGUGCGACCAAUGCAACAUGUCUUUUGCAGAAAGCUCAAAUCUAAGCAAACACAAAAAGAAACACACUGGUGAGCUUCGCAACAUCACCGGAAAACCUCACCUCUGUUCUGUCUGUGGGAGAGCCUUCAAAUGGGCUUCCAGUCUCUCUAAACACAUGAAAUAUCACACGGGACAUAAGCUGUUAUCCUGCGAUUUUUGCGGCAAACAAUAUGUGGAGGCACGCAGCUUGAGGAUUCACAUACGAUCUCAUACCGGGGAACGCCCUUACACUUGCAAAGUGUGUCAAAAAACGUUCACUCAAGUUUGCAAUUUGGAAAAACACUUACGGGUUCAUACGGGUGAAAAGCCGUUUUUGUGCCCGAUUUGUGGUAAAGGAUUUACUCAAUCUGGCUAUGUGGGCAUCCACAUGCGGACCCACACAGGUGCUCGUCCUUACGUUUGCCAAACUUGCGGGAAAGCCUUCGCCGGCUCUAACACCCUUACAAUUCAUCAACGGAUUCACACCGGGGAAAAACCGUACUCGUGUAAUAUGUGUGGUAAAGCGUUCAGUCGCCAUGAAACGUUGAUAAUUCAUACGCGCUCUCACACCGGUCACAAACCUCACGUUUGCAGUAUUUGUAAGAAAGGGUUUACGUCUUCUGGACAUUUGUCAGGGCAUAUGAGGACGCAUACUGGAGAGAAACCGCAUAUUUGCAAUCUCUGCGGAAAGAAAUUUGCUGGAUCCAGUAGCUUGAAAGUUCACAUGAAAACACACUCUGUUGAAAAGCCAUUCAUUUGUAAACUGUGUGGGAAAGGAUUCACACAAUCGGUUCUGUUUCAGCAGCAUUUAGCAACGCAUACGAAUGUCGAUGAUAAAAGUGAAAUCACCAAAAUUGAAACUGUGCAAGUUAGAGAUUUAAUGUAACAAGUUUCGUAAACAAUAAAAACGAUAAUUUUAAUUGAU